CUCAACCCUUCAAACCAAGCUUUCUGCGCUCAACUCAAAUCUGUCCGUUUUUAAACGAAAGCACAGCGAUAUCCGUCACCAGUUCACUGAGAUGGAAACGAAGUACAGAUCUGUCAUCGAAAGCAAGGCCCGAAUCUGUAAUUUUUGGACUAGCAGCAGAGAGCAAACGUGUUCCAAGGACUGGGUCACAAAUACAGACCGGUGUUAUUACGUAUCCACGUUUGAAACUUCUUUCCCAAGAGCAAUGCAAGGAUGUUCAAACCGUGAUUCAAGCCUGCUGGAAAUCAAUUCAAGGGAUAAAGCGAGUUUUGUUUCACGGUCUCUCGUUCGCCGUAACCUUCCUUACUGGAUUGGACAAUGCGAAACCGGGAAUGCCGUCCAUGGUCUGAUGUACAAGGUGACCUCCGGAAGUUCCUCCUGCAGUGAAUGCACUUCGAGUGGAGGGAGUGACUAUUGCCUUCAUGAUAAGCACCAUUUCAUCUGCGAGAAGUCCGCCCCCUGCUGCCCGGAUAUUCCUGAAAAGAUCCAGGUUCUCUGUCAACAGCCCGGAGAGCCGACUAGAAUCAAAUGAUGACCCUGUCUUUCCCUUCCUUAUCCCUGCUCCAAUCACACUCAGUCCAUCCUCUCAAAAUCCUCCCUACAUUCUCUGCCCUACCUGCUUCUCUAUUCUCAUCUUUUCGUAACCCCUUUGUCCCCACCACACAUGGAAAACCCCAGUCUCCAACUAUCCCGUUCUUUCUCGCCAUCCCUCUCCAUCCCGCUCUUUCUCACUCUCUCUAACUCUCU